CGGAAGCGGCUGUCAUUUCAACUUUCAUUCCAAUGUGAUUAAUUUGAAAAGACACGUAGUUGUUCUCAUCACUCGAACAUCCCGCUGUGGGUUUGAACUCCUCAUCUCAAGUUGACAACAACUUUCUAUUAUCUUUUUAAACGCCUCAUUGGGAACUGAAGUUCUCCUGCUAGCUCGGCUAAGCUAGGCUGAGCUAGGCUAAACUCAACUGAGUUAAGAUAAGCUAGGCUGAGCUAGGCUAAGGUCUCCAUGGCCCCUCUCCGGGUUCUGUGUGUUCACGGUUACCGACAGAACGCCAGCUCGUUCCGGGAGAAGACGGGAGCUCUGCGGAAGCUGCUGAAGAAACACGUGGAGCUGGUUUAUGUGAGCGCGCCUCACAGUGUCCAUCAGGUCAGAAGUGAAGAAGCUCCGGAAAGGGAGAAUGCUUCAGGUCCUGUCCCCGGAGGAGACGAGGACCCCAGGGGCUGGUGGUUUUCUGACGUCCAGGCUCGGAGCUUCAGUGCUCAGCAGCAGUGCGAGGAAAGCCUGGGGCUCGACGAGAGUGUGGCGGUUGUUAGAGAAGCUGUGAAAGUCCAGGGUCCGUUUGACGGCAUCCUGGGCUUCAGUCAGGGAGCCGCCUUCGUGGCCAUGCUGUGUUCUCUUCAGGAGCAAAAACUGGAGCCGGAGUUCAACUUCCGCUUCGCCGUCCUCGUCGCCGGUUUCCCCAGCGCAUGCAAGGAGCACCAGAGGUUCUACAGCGCUCCCCUUCAGAUCCCGUCCCUGCAUGUGUUUGGACUGGAGGACCGAGUCAUCCCUGACAACAUGAGCAGGGAGCUCCUCCCCUCCUUCCAGCAGCCUCAGGUCCUGACGCAUCCCGGUGGCCAUUUUGUUCCUGCUGCUUCUGCUCACAGACAAACGUACCAGGACUUUCUCAAGAGCUUCCAGUGAGAGAAACUACAAUGUAGGAAGGAGACAGCAGCACUUGCAUUUCCACAGUGAAUGUGGAAUAUUUAAUGUUUAAUAUGGCGGGUCAUGGUAACACAAUUGAUUCAAAGGACAAUUUGGGUUCAACAUCAUGGCCUUUACAUACAUGCUGUCCAUCUCAGGGAAGAUGUCCUGUAACAGGCAAUAAAUAAGACGACAGCUGUUUAUUUUAUCUAUUCUGUCUCUGUCUUUUCUUGUGUGUGAUACCUUUACGGCCUUGUACUGAAAAAGUAUUGUAAUUUAUUGCUAAAAUGUGAUUAUAAUCGUUUCAUUGUAGACAAAAUAUUUAUGGAAUGGAUUUGAAUGGAUCAUAGCAGGAACACUGGUGUAAUUAAUAACCUUCAUUAUGGCUGCGUUUCGGCAAAAUGGUGCUCAUUACACAUGAGCUUUCCCUGCCGAGUCUGAUGAAUGAGAAUAGAUUGAGAUAAUGGGAUGAACCUGUUUUUAAUGGUGGUUUCAAAAACAGGGACAAAUGACAAUCAAGCCUUGAAAGAAGUUCACGCCCCCUCGACCCUGGUCAGCUGCUGUGUAAUUGCAGGAUUGGCGAUUUUGGAAAGUUUUAAAAUAGUUGUAUAAAGACAUGGAGACCUUAUUGUUCCAGCUUCAGAGAGAACGUGUUCAGAGGCUGAAAGAGAAUCCAACUUUGUUUUGUUUGGCUUUACUGAGGUCCUCAGCAGACUGGUACACGGGUCACAGGUGUUGUAAUUUGUUUAACUGAUUUAGCAGCCAGAGGAAAAUCAAGGGAUAUUAUACACAACUUAUUCACAGUCAUCUCAGUCGCAGAAACUAGAAUGUCUUUACAACAGUAGAGGAGGACUGACACUUUCAUGUGCUGGGGACACUCCACCAUAAAGAAGAGUGGCAGAGAAUCUAAAAAAAAAACUAAUGUCAAGUCAAAAUGCCAAAUGGGAAAUGUUGACAAGGUUAACUCCUGUGGUUCAUCAAAUCCAGUUAGAGGAACAACUGCGUGGUUUCUCCUUCUGUACAGACACACAGGCACAAUUCUGACUGCCACGCUGUUUGUAAGCAAAAUGAAUCUACAAAUCAUUUUGUGCACUCAUGUGUGCUAUCAUUAGUUUGUUAAAAAUAUUCUUAAACGUUUAACUUUAAUCUUUAAAUUUCAAGUUUACUCUCAACAUUUUUACUUUAUCUCAAAUCCGGACAGAAAUCUUCCUGUUCUUUUCCCCCCUCAUGUGUGGCCCUACUUCUCUUCCAUACCAACAUAACUGGAAAGGUAUGUCAAGAAUUUUUAGGAUUCAGAGGAACCAGAGUGGAAAAUGUUAUUCAAUAAGUUUCAGUAAAAAUAUUUUACAAUGUUUUGAGUAGGACUGUCAGUUUUAGAACAAUAUAAAAUCAUACUGCAACAGAAAAAUGAUAUUAAUAUUUCAC